AUGGCCCUCGCCGGCAGCAUCCAGUCCCGCCACCUCCCCAUCACGCAGCUGCCGCUAUCCUCGAUCCUGCGGCCCAUCCCGCCCGUCAUCGACGCGCCCAAGGUCGACUCGAUGGUGCAGACGCUGCGCGGCGAGGCCUGCGACUACGUGCCGUCGCCCGCUCCGGAAAAAAUUGAGCCGGGCAAGCUGCCGCCCGUCGACGUCCUGCACUACCACAGCAAGGCACAGGACAGGGACUACUACUUCGCCUUCGGCGGCUGCCAUCGCAUGCAGGCGUACGAUAAGGCGGGGGUUGAUGUUGUCGAUGUGAGGUGCUUGAAGGUGACGAAGCAGAUGUUGAAGGUGUAUUUGGGCGGGAGUGUGGAUAGGAUUGUUGGGGAGGAGUGA